AUGAUUGCAUAUGUGCAUAUUGCAUAUGCAAAGUUUAUACUUCUACCAUAUGCUGAUAUCGAUCCGUUACUCAAAGAAAAUGAUAAUUUUGUCAUUCCUUUAUUACUAAGAUGGAAUAAACAGGUAUUGCAUUUUGUGAUCAAUCAAGAUGAAAAUAGCUAUUAUUAUUACUUCGGGACUCACAAAGAGAAAACAUUGCAUGAUUUAAUUAAUUGUCACAAAAGAACAGGAAAUGUUGUAUCAGUAAGAGGUCAUGACGAAUCUUAUCAAUGAGAUAUGGCAGCACGGAAUUGUUUGUUAUUAGAGAAGCUGGGGAUGGAAAUAAGUGAUUUUGAUACGUCCGAUAAGCAAAGAAUUAUUUAUGAUGAGAAAUUAAAAAAAGUUCCAAUAAAAUGGCUUGCACUGGAAGCUAUGCAGCAACAUAUAUUUUCACCCAAGACUGAUGUUUGGUCUUUCAGCAUAUUAACUUGUCAAACAUUGAAGCAUGAGCCAAGACUGUUGUUCAGAAUUACCGAAUGGGAGUGUCAAAGUGAAAGACCAACAUUCACUGAAAUUCACUACAAAUUGAAAGCGUUGAAGAAAAAGUAA